AUGAUCCGCGUGUUGUUCUGCGUUUUGGCUUUCUGCCGAUUUUCGUUGUCUGCCCUUCCGCACCUUCCUCACAGAGAUUCAUCUAGAGUUCUACGUACCUUGCUGCUGGACUCCUACUACAAAUUCAGCCACCCUUACAAGGAGAACGAGGCAGACUUCAGUAUGAUCGCUGUCUUCACCUUGGUGUCUCUGAUCGACCUGGACCAAAGGAAGGAGACGUUCUCGUUCACUGGACAUUUAGGAUUUCAGUGGCUUGACCCCGACUUGUCCUGGGAACACACGGAGUACGCGGCUAACGUUUCCAACAUGAACUUUGAAGCAGACGACAUCUGGACGCCGCAAGUGCAGAUCGGCAAUGGAGUCGGCACGUUAGUACUCAACCCAGAAUCUUUUCGACUGAGAGCUGAUCCUUCUGGUUUAGUAACCAUGACGACUUUCAACCAGUUUUACACAAAAUGCACAUUGGAUAUGACGUCCUACCCAUUCGACACUCAGCUGUGUUUUUUAGCCAUAAUUCUGAAACCUAAAUCGGUUAAAGUGAAAAUGUUGGUCUACCAGAAAACCCUGAUGAACUCUGUCCCAUCUAACACAGAGUGGACACUGGAAGACGUGUCUGUCAGCUCGAUUAACAUGACUCAGUAUAACUUCGUAAUCAACUCAGUCGGUUUUUCUAUCAGAAGAAAGUCCACGUUUUACGUCAUGAAUGUCAUCUUCCCAAUGCUGCUGCUGUCCGUGUUGAACGCAUGCGUAUUCGUACUUCCGGCAGAGUCUGGCGAAAAGAUUUCGUUCCUGAUCUCGAUUCUCGUGUCGUAUGCCGUGUUCCUCAUCUUUAUCAUCGAGGUGAUGCCGAAGUCUGAAACGCCGUCCAGAAUGGCCAUCUACUUGGUCCUGGUUCUCGCUCAGAGCUGUCUGGCUAUUGUUGCAACUCUAGCGCUCCUCAAUUUCCACCAUCACGGAGCGCCACGUCAAAGGGUAAUCUGUGUUCCAAACAGAACAUCCAUUGACCCAGACAACCCAGUGAAGGACAAGACCGCUGAUGACGUCACAACCGGAAAGGUCCGAUCUGUCGACCGGAAGAUGUUUCUCGUGUUUCUUGUGUUGGCUCUGUUGUCUGUCUCGAUAUUCUGGUUUUGA